AUGGUAUUUCACCUUUGUAAUUCCCAAAACACCCCUUUACUGCUGGUCGCUGUGCGCAUCAGAUUCGCGCCGACCUCUGGCGGAUUCGUCUUCUUCGUAAUCCCCAUUCGCGCCCUUCACGGUUUCCCUUUUCCCAAUUGCGUUGUUCCUCCUCACGUCGCCACGCCAUCACCCACUCUUCCCCCUCCAGUCAGUCACUCCAUCAUACCGCCACUCCCUCUUCCCCCUAAUUCAUCCGCGGAAUCCAUCGCCCCACAUGCUAAUGCCGUUACCGCGGCCCACGGGGAGGAGAGAGGGGGGGAAGGUUGGAGGGUGCACAAGGGCGGCGCGAACAUGGCGACGGGGUGCCAAGGGGGAGGGAAAUAUUGGGGGGAGGAUAAAUCUGGGGGAAGCGACGGGAAGGCGGCCGGCGGGGCGAGCAAAGAGGAGGGCGAGGCGGGCGCGAACACGUCACAGGCGGCGGACCAAGUGCGCGCGUACAGGCGACACCUGGAGCAAAUGCAGGAGAACGAGAAGCUGCUCUACGCCGAGAUUGACGAGUUGCGCGCGGCUCUUAGCGCGGAAAGAGAGGUGGCGCGCGCGACGGAGCGAGUGGCGGAGGCGGAAUGCUGGCGGAGGUUGGAAGUGGAGCGGGGGCGCGCGGCUUUGGCGCGGGAGGUAGAGCGGCUGCAGGAAGAGUUAGCAGAUGCGCUUGAACAGGCGGAAUGCGCGGGGGAAGUAGACGGCGACGCGCGAGAAGGCGGACGGGCUGAGCGGGUGAGCGAGGCGGAGCGGCAGGCGCGGGAGGAGGUAGCGGAGUUGGAGGAGCAGAUCGAGCAGGUGUGCGAGUCAGCGGCGCAGCGCGAGCAGCAGUUCCGCGGGCUGCUGAGCGACAUGGAGGAGGAGCUGAGCGCGGCGCAGGCCAUGGCCAUGGUGGCCAUGGAGCGCGAGGAGCGCGCGAACGAGGCGCUGCGGACGCUGCGGCAGGUGAACGACCAGCUCAUGCAGCGCCUGCUGCAGCAGGGCAAGGUGCUCCGCGCCGCCCGGGGGCCCGCGGAGCACGCCCAGCGGAACAGUGAAGGGGAGGGGGGGAAUGAGGGGGACGGCGGUGGCGGGGUGACGCGGGGCGAGCACGAGCGGAGCAAGGACGAUGUUGAGAUAAGUGCGGAGGGAGGUGGCGAGAAGGGGUCCGGUACGGAGGGCCGCGGGGAGGGUGAGGCGGAAGCGACGUUGGGCGGACGGGAUGAGAAGAGUGAGGAGAGCGCGGUAAGAGAAAUCGAGCCGGAGGUCGAUGCCGGCCCGACGCCGUGCGCGGAGGGGCUUGCGGACCCGCCGCCGCUGCACUUGUGCGCCUCCCCGCCGAUGCUGCACGGCAAGGAAGCGGCGGAGGGCCAGGGGAAGUCUCGCGCGAGCAGCUGCGAGACGAGCAGCGCGGGGAGCAGUCGCAGCGGGGGCAGCAUGACGGGGCUGUGCAGCGGAUGCCGCCAGAAGAUGAUACGCGCGAGAGUGGGCGCGGCGGGAAAAAGCAGCAAGCCCAGCACCACCAGCAGCGGCAGCCGCGCGUCUACUGGCGAAAGCAGCCCCAGCCGACGACAGGCGGAGCAAGGCGGAGAGGCAAGCGCGGAGUGGUGCGAGCGGGACAGCGACGCGCAACCGCGGCAUCGGGGGGUGGCGGGCGGGGAGCGCGAGGCGGGGUCGGACGACGAGACGGCGUCGGAGUUCUCGUUCCACUUCCGCGGCGCGCUCUCCGACUCGGGCGAGCUCGCGGGGCUGGGCGGAGGCAAGGACGACGCGUGUGGCGGGCAGCAUGGCGGCUUGCUGGAGGGGUGCUGCAGCAGUGCAGGCGAGGACGCUUGGCAGGGAGACGAGGGGUAUGAGAGGUAUGAGACGAAAACUGGCGGAGGCAGUGAGGGUGGGGAGCAUGGCGUGCAGCAAGGAGGCAGUAGCGCAGCACAGAGCGGUGGCAGCAGUGGUAGUGGGGAGCACGAGGAGGAGGGAGAGAGGCGCAGUGAGGAUUGGGGGGAGAGCAUGGAUAGUGACAUGGACGGGGAGAGGGGGUCGUGGAGCAGCAGGCAGGGCGAGAGCCUGGAUGGCAUGAUCGCCACCCACUCACACCACAGGGAUGACGAUGAUGAUGACGUCACCUCCACGGGCGAUUCAGGCGGGCACGGGGCGAAGGAGGGCGAGAUCAGUGGUGGGCGGGUGGAGGGAUCCGAAGUGGAUGGUGAGGGGGUGGAGAGGUCCCAGGCGGGAGAGCAGUCGGGGGAGGCGACGAGGCUUAUCCCCAGAGGCGGGUCACACGGUGACGGCACAGCUGCUGAUGCACCCCUGGAUGCACCUCCGGUCAGUGGCACGAGCCGGAAUGCAAGCAGGAGCGAGAGUGGGCGGGACAGUGAUGCCGUUGAGGAGGGAGACGAUGAGGGUGGGGCAUGCGAGCUGAGCGAGCAUGCGCAGGGCGGCACUGGCGCCGAGGCGGGGGGCAGCAGGCGCAAGCAGCUGAGCGUGCUGCUGCCCCUCCCUCGCCCCGCGCUGCACCCCCUGUGUGUGUCCCCUGUGGGCGCGUCCAGAAGCCCCUCCAAGCUCAACAAGUGGGUCGUGGGCGGCGUGUGGAAGGGCGUUGCUGCAGCCGGAGCAUCAGCAGGUGGGGCAGGAGCAGGGGAAGGGCAGUGUGUUGCGGUGGGCGAGGAGGUGGAGAAGGAAUUAGAGUGGUGCCGGGCGUCGCUGCAGGCGGUGACUGAAGCCGUGUACGUGCACAUGGCCGCCGUGCUGGAGCACAGCACACGCCCCACGCUCAGCGACGGGUGUAAAGAAGGCAGGGACGACAUGGGAGGGGGUAUGGACGCGCAGAUGGUGGAGGGGGUGGUGGAGCGGUCGCACGGGCAGGUGAGGGAGGCGGAGGUGCUGCUGGGGAAGGCGCAGCGCACGCUGCAGCGACUCGCUGCCGUGCAGGGCAAGGGCCGGGCGCUGUGCCGGCGCAUGAGCAGCAAGCACCGCGUGCUGCUGGAGCUGCAGCGCUGCCUCGUGCAGGCGCGGGGCGGACACGCGGAGCAAGGGGGGUCACCUCUGCGCGUGCCGCCACUCUUCCCGCCCCCAUGCACACCUGCGUCUGCGUCUGCGUCUGCGUCUGCGUCUGCGUCUGCGUCUGCGUCUGCGUCUGCGUCUGCGUCUGCGUCUGCGUCUGCGUCUGCGUCUGCGUCUGCGUCUGCGUCUGCGUCUGCGUCUGCACCUGCAUCAGCAUGUGCAUGA